UUCACUUUCAACUGCCAAAUCGAAGGACGAGAAAUUUUGUAGAGCUCAGAUCUUGUGAAAAGAACCGAAAGGAAAGAAGUAAGGAUGAAACUUGAACGCGAAAAGGGUGUUCUUGAUCCCGAAUUGGCCUCCAUGUCAUUGGACAAUUACUACGAGAAGCACGUGAAGAAGCCGGGCGGCAACUUCAAGUCCUAUCGUCCUGCGCCGUAUGCAUCGCGUUCGCAGGCGCAGCUCCACUUCCAGCGGACGCACUACUUCGGCCCCGCCUACCGGCGCAGGCUGGCCAAUCCCACUUCGUCCAUCAUCAACAGCCGUCUGGAGGAGCUGAGCCACAAUAUCGAGCACACCAAGACCAUGGUGGCGUUCAAGAUCGUUGUGAAACUCAUCGAGGAUCGGCUAGAGCAGCAGAAGGAACUGGAAGCCAGCUUGGCUUCGAUGCCGCCGCCCCCUUCGCCUACUCCUAGCCAGGUUAUCGAGGAUCUGGAGGACACGCUGAUCCUCACCAUCGGCGACGAGAUGCUACACGACGACGACGACGACGACUACAAGGACAUCCUCUAGAUGUCCCAACAGAAACUUGUAAACGUGGUCAAAACUAAAAUGUUACUCUGUUUUUCAAUGAGAAUUUUAGCGCAACAAUUGGGUGAUGUUUUGAUUUUAGUUGGUUGUUAUCAAUCAGUGAUAUAUGUAUGUACAUAUGUGACAUGUAACAUUAAACAUGCGACAUUGACUUUGCAACAUUGAACUUGCAACAUUGAAUUUGCAACAUUGAAUUUGCGACAUUGAAU